AAGUUUAAUUUCGUGAUAUUUUAUUUCAAAUUGACCCAAAAAACACAUAUUGAUAUUGUGAAAUUAUGAAACAUUCAAAAUUAUAGACUAAGAGAGGAAUUUUGGUGUGCUUAGACUAUCUUCAUUGGAGAUUUCAAGCUAUACAUGAAAAAUCACAGCAAUUUCCCUGUUCUACUGAAGUAGUUUAUCAUGAAUUCAAGGCACCUGUGUUGAGAGUUCCUUGCUCUUGCUCGACCUUUCGUAAGGCCAUGGCCCUGGAACACAGAGAAUUGUGAGAUCGGUCGUGGAUCUUUUGCGGAACUUUAUUUAGGGUAAAUGUGCAAACUGGAGAAGAAGUUGCUGUGAAGCUGAUUAAUAGGGCUAAAUAUAUGCACUCAAGGGGAUUUCUUCACCGUGACAUUAAGCCCGAAAACUUCUUAAUGGGUAUAGGGCGUAAAGCAAAUCAGGUAUACAUAAUUGACUAUGGUCUUGCCAAAAAAUACAGAGAUCUUAAGACACAAAAGCAUACACCAUACAGGGAAAACAAAAAUCUCACAGGAACACGUUAUGCCUGUUUCUUUAUUUCCAUGUGCAUUACUUGUUUCUUACAAUUAGCAUAUUUGAUUGCCUUUACUAGUCUGCCAUGGCAAGGUCUGAAAGCUGGCACCAAAAAGCAGAUAUAUGACAAGAUUAGGGAGAAGAAGAUGCUUACACCUAUAGAGGUGCUUUGUGAAUCCUAUCCCUCAGAAUUUAUAUCAUAUUUUCAUUAUUGCCAAUCAUUACGGUUUGAGGACGAGCCAGAUUACUCAUACCUGAAGAGGCUAUUCCGCGACCUUUUCAUUAGCGAGGGUUAUCAAUUUGACUAUGUGUUUGAUUGGGUUCUCUUGAAGUAUCCUGAGAUUGGCUCCAGUUCAAGAGAACGACAACCUAUUGCAAGAUCACCAUCCAUUGAAAGAGCAGAAAAGAUCCCUGAUGGGAAGGAGGAGGAGAAAGUGAAAUUUGCAGAAGAUAUGGUGGAACCAAAUGGAAAUAGUGAAGAAUAUAGAAAGCUUCAUCAUUUUAAUAGGAUCAAGAAUGCUCUUAAAUGAUGUGAAAUUGAAUAAAAAUGUCCUUAGUUAAUCGUCAAUCAUUUGAUCCAAAAAAAUUGGCAUUAAGGAGACAUAUCCUCUUUCACAUCAAGAAUAGGUCAAUAGUAACAGUAAAGCAUGGGACCAAAAAAAGACAACAUAAUAAAACAGUAGUAGUAGGAGUUAGCUUUAUACAUAUUGUGUCUGAAUUGACAAUGUAUUAGGUCAUUUGCCACUAUUUGUUUUCUGUCUCUUGGCAUGUGAAAGUAACAUUGCAGAUGCACAAAUAGACAAAGUAUGCCUGUGAUUUUUCUUAUGGUGAUCUUUUUGCAGUAUGUUUUUUUUAUAAAAGUAUUUCAUCUUACAAAA